AUGUUCCUCAUAGCUGUGGAUGCGUUCUCGAAAUGGCCGAAAUUGAUAAUUGAAAUUGAGAUGAGGAGUACCACAAGUAAUACGACAAUUAACACCUUACGGACCUUAUUCGCACGACAGGGAAUACCUGCUGAAAUAGUGUCCGACAAUGGACCACAGUUCCGUUCGGAGGAAUUCCAUCAGUUUAUGGAGUCGAAUGCAAUCAGACAUAUAACCUCUUCUCCAUUCCACCCGCGCACAAAUGGCCAAGCUGAAAGAAUUACUCCACAAGGAACUACUAAUGAGUCACCAUCUAUUCUGUUGUAUGGCCGAAAUAUCCGUACUAGGCUUGACAUCAUGAAACCGGAUGUAGCCACUACAGUAUUGCACAAACAAUAUGGUUCUACAGCACUACGGAAAUGUGAUUCGAGAAUCUCAGAUGGGCAGAAUCUCAGAAUAGCAACUGAAGCCUACUGA